AUGAGUGUGAAAGCUGAGACUGAGUUGAAAAAUUACAGCCUGAGCUUCAACUACCAGCGAAGAGGCCGGUGCUACUGUGGAGGUCCUGCCGGGGAGAAGAGCUGGCCCAAGAACUACCCGUCGUGUGGGGGCCUGAUGCAGUCCCCAAUAGACCUGCACAGUGACAUCCUCCAGUACGAUGCCAGCCUGGUGCCCCUUGAGUUCCAGGGCUAUAACGUGUCUGCCAAUGAGCAAUUAACCCUGACCAACAACGGCCACUCAGUGAAGCUGAAGCUGCCCCCGGGCAUGCACAUCCAGGGCCUGGCCAUCCCGCUACAGCGCACCCAGCUGCACCUGCACUGGGGGGACCAGAAUGACCCCCACGGCUCCGAGCACACUGUCGGUGGGAAGCACUUCGCUGCCGAGCUGCACAUUGUCCAUUAUAACUCGGACCUGUACCCCAACGCCAGCAUCGCCAGUAACGAGUCAGACGGCCUCGCUGUCCUAGCUGUUCUCAUCGAGAUGGGCUCCUUCAAUCCUUCCUACGACAAGAUCUUCAGUCACCUUCAGCACGUGAAGUACAAAGGCCAAGAAGUGCACAUUCCCGGCUUCAGCAUUGAAGAGCUGCUGCCCGAGAGGCCGGCCGAGUACUACCGCUACAGAGGGUCCCUGACCACGCCGCCUUGCAACCCCACGGUGCUCUGGACAGUGUUCCGGAACCCCGUGCACAUUUCCCAGGACCAGCUGCUGGCUCUGGAGACAGCUCUGUACUGCACACAUGAGAACGACCCCUCCCCCAGGGGAAUGGUCAACAACUUCCGGCGGGUGCAGAAGUUUGAUGAGAGGCUGGUGUACAUCUCCUUCCAACAAGAGCGAGACCUCACCUACGCAGGACUGAGCCUGGGAAUCAUCCUUUCGGUGGUCCUGGCUUGCAUUCUUGGCUUCUGCAUCGUCCUGGCAGUAACCAUCUGGCUUUUCAGAAGGAAGAAGAGCAGCAAGAAAGGUGGCAGCAAUAAAGGCGUCAUUUACAAACCGGCCCUCAGGAAGGAGGCGGAGGCCCACGCCUGAGGUCCUGGCGCUGCAGGCGCCGAGGGAGGACUUCGCUUUGGAUGCUUACAC